AUGGAGCAAACAUACUGGGGCUGUCCAUUUAAUAUUCUAAUGUCAUAUCCAUCAUGGGGAUUUAAUCAGUGGAGGCCAGGCUUCCCAGAAAAUGCACACCUCCUCCAUCAUGGUUGGCAACCUGCAGGGCAGCUGUUUGGGCAGCAAGUACACAGGAAAAGGAGCUUGUUACAACAGCAAGGCACUGGACGGUUUUCAGAUCAAGGUUACCGGCCAAGAGACACAAUAUUUGUUCACGGUGGAGAAGAGAUUCUGGUUAGUGAAUCUUUUAGUUCAUGUAGUGAUAUUGCUAUUAGAAAUCCAGAAAUGAGCAAUCAUAUUCUGGGUGCUAGGAGGACGUCGCGUAGGCGUGAUGCCGAUCACGGAGCAUCUGGUGCUGAUGGGCUGCCCAAGCGGAAUGCUGAUGGGCUGAUUCGAAUCGGCAAGUAG